AUGCUCGCCAAUCCAUCCACAGCAAGUGCUUCAUCAUCCAAUUCCGAAUCAUCACUCGAGGCUUCAUCAUCGUCAUCCAACAUCCCAAACAACAACUCAGUUCAACAAGUCUCUGUUACUCUCGGAGAGGCUAUUCGUGUUGGAAAGGAGAAGAAGAAACAUCUUUCCGAGCUAAACAAACUCAUCACGAAAAAAACAAAAGAGCUCGCAAAGACUGUCAAACAGGCCAGUUCGGAACAAAAAGAUGAAAUGAAAGAACGUAGGGAACGAUUGAAGGAAAUCAGCAAUGAAAUCAAGGAUCUUCAAAUUGAAAUUGAUGAACUUACUCAAAAGAUGGAAGCCAUCAUUGAGGGAACCACUAAAGACAAGGACGAAAAACUCAAAUAUAUUCAAUAUUUGAAAAACUAUGAGGCUGCUUAUGAAACAGCCUUGAUUCAACAUCACAAGUUUGAGGACGAGAAAUCUCAACUUGAUGAAGAACGCUCUCAAUUGAAAUUAACUUUGGCAACUAAAAAACAAGCCUUACCUUGUUCUUAUCAAGUAUUUACAGAGUCUCUGGCUCAAAUGGAAGCAACCUUGAAUAAUCCACAACAGGAGACUCCUCAAUCGGAACUCAAACAAAUUCGAUCCAAGUACAACAAAUUGAAGGAUUCUCAAAGAUUGUUUGAUGAACACAAUCGUUUGUUACAACAGCUUAAUGAUGUGCAAAAAAGAUUCCAACAAGCGGUCAAGCAAUUGGAAACCUCUAACAAAACCGUGUCAAAAGCCAAGAAAGACUUGGAGAGGGCAAAAAUUCAAUACGAACCACUUGUGUUGGAAAAGACCAGGACUGAAGACGCUAACAAUGUCGACGAGUUGAACAAAUUAAUUUCAAAGAAGAGAAAAAUCAUUGCUCAACUUACAAAAGAAAAAAAGACAAUUAAGCAAGAAAUUGAGAACAACGAGAAGAAGCAGUUUGCUAUCGGUUCAGAAAUUAAGAGCGAAUUAGCAGAGCUGACUCUCAAGAGAUUACAAGUAAGGGAUGAGGUGGACACUCUAUCAACUCUUGUUCGUACAGAAAUUAUUCCAUAUACAAGCACACAGGAAGGCAGUACACUCGGUCGUGUUAUUGGAAAAAAGGGAGCUACUCUUGAAAACAUUAGAAAAACUUCAAACUGUGAAAUAACCAUUGUCAAGUCUGAAAAUCAAAUCGUCAUUAAGGGGGCUCCAGAAAAUGUAACCAUAGCAAAAGAGGAAAUUCAAAAAUUGUUGGAGGAAAAGCACGAAAGUACUUCGACUUCUAUUCGUUUCAAAUUGGAUAUGUUUGUUCCACUCACUAAGCUUGUAUCACACUGGAGAAAGGAGACCAGUGCGAACAUUUAUUUGGACAAGUUGGAGGGUGUUUGUAAAAUUGUUGGAUCUAAUGAACAAGUUAAGAGUGCCAAGAAAUUAGUCAAUGAUUUCCUUACAACAGGUGUUCAAGAAAGAACAAUCCAAAUUACAAAAUUGGGACAAUCUCACGAGGAUAUGGUGGAGUUGUUAUUUGGCGUAAAAGGAGAAAAUUUAAAGAGAAUUCAAAACCUUCAUGGUGUAAUUGGAGCUCAAAUUGACAAGAAAAACAAUCUUGUGAAGGUUCAUGGAACCAACUUUGGUGUUGAGAACGCUUCUAAACUUGUUAACUCCAUGAUGAAAGAGGCAUCUCAUACCGAAAUACAAUUGGAAAAUGCAACAUUUGCAGAGGCCCUACUAAAUUCUAGUGACAAGUUACAACAGGAAACAAAAACCAUUAUUACUGUGGUUAAAAAUAAGAAUAUUGUGAGAAUUUCUGGUUACAAACAAGAUGACGUUAAAAAGGCAAAACAAGUAAUUGAACAACUUGUUGAAAAGGAGAAGGAACACCAGAGAAAAACGCAACACAAACAAACACUCUCUGUGGAAAAUAAGGUUGCUCAAAUUUUCAAGAAAAAGGCAUCAUCUCUCUCACAAGAAACCGAUACCAUUAUCAAAAUUUCUAAUGGAAAACCUCCAAAAGUGACAGUAUUCGCUGAAACGCCAGAGAAGGUUCAACAUGUCAUCCACUUGAUACAACAAGAAAUUGAAAAACAAGCACAAAUUAAGGCUGAAAAAGAAAAGAAAAAGUUAGAGGCUGUUGCUGCCAAUAGCGAGACCAAACCUCAGGAAGAUAACUCUGAUGAGAAGCAAUUAACCGAAACCACACAAGAAUCACCAGAAAUUGUGAGCCAUAUGGAUGAAUCAAGUAAUGAACUACAGGUUGUAACGGAGUCUGAUCAAUCAACGCCAGAGCUGGAGAAUACAGUUUGUAAAGAUGAAUGCUCUGUUGAGGAUAUGAAUUCAGCUCAAGAAGAAACAAAAGAAGAUACAAGCGAAUUCAAGGAGAUGGCAAGUACCGAUGACGUGGACGAAAUCACUGUCGAAGAAAACAAGGAUCAAGAAGUGCCAUCAGCUCUCACUACUGAAAUUCAAAAUGAAGACGUUGAACAAGCUGCAGUGUUGCAAUAA